CAAAAUCUGUCGGGCUUCCUCCUCCAACCACGAUCCUCCCAUUUCCCCUUCAUCACCGACUAUGCCCUAGAACUGUCGAGCUCGCCUGAGCCCCUUCGAAGGCGCCUUCCCGCCGGAGCUCCGCCCGAGCGCCUUCCCGCCGGAUCGCUCCGCCGAGCUCACUCCUCACCAACCUCCUGCUGUCACUUCUCUCCUCUACUUUGUAAAGUUGACAUUUUUACUACUCUCCCAUGCUAACUGCUACUACUACUACUACUUUUACCAUUUAUUCUUCAGGGUCAUUACAUAGAUCUGAGUGUUUGGAGAUGGGUAAAUCGAGCGCUCUCGAGUACAUCAACCAGAUGUUCCCAACAGAAGCGUCAUUAUCUGGUGUCGAGCCACUUAUGCAAAAGAUACAAAGUGAGAUUCGCCGUGUGGAUGCAAGUAUACUGGCUGCUGUUCGUCAGCAGAGUAACUCAGGCACAAAAGCCAAGGAAGAUCUUGCUGCGGCAACACAUGCUGUUCAGGAGCUUAUGCACAAGAUACAUGAAAUAAAAGCAAAAGCAGAACAAAGUGAAACAAUGGUUCAAGAAAUAUGCCGUGACAUUAAGAAACUGGAUUAUGCCAAGAAGCAUAUAACCACCACAAUUACUGCUCUUCACCGACUUACCAUGCUAGUCUCGGCUGUUGAGCAACUUCAAGUAAUGGCUUCAAAACGUCAGUAUAAGGAGGCAGCUGCCCAGUUAGAGGCUGUGAAUCAGCUUUGCAGUCACUUUGAAGCUUAUAGGGAUGUUCCAAAGAUAACUGAGCUUAGGGAGAAGUUCAAAAACAUCAAGAAAGUAUUGAAAUCACAUGUAUUUUCUGAUUUUUCAAGCUUAGGAACUGGAAAGGAAAGUGAAGAAACCAACCUACUGCAGCAAUUAUCAGAUGCUUGCCUGGUUGUUGAUGCCCUUGAGCCAUCUGUUAGGGAAGAAUUAGUAAAAAAUUUCUGCAGUAAGGAGCUUACAUCGUAUAAGCAGAUCUUUGAAGGAGCAGAAUUGGCCAAAUUAGAUAAGACUGAAAGGAGAUAUGCAUGGAUUAAGCGUCGGUUGCGAACAAAUGAGGAAAUCUGGAAAAUUUUUCCACCUGCUUGGCAGGUUGACUAUCUGCUUUGUAUCCAGUUUUGUAAGCUAACGAGGACACAACUUGUUGAUAUUCUCAACAACCUCAGAGAAAAGCCAGAUGUUGGUACUUUGUUACUGGCACUGCAAAGAACCCUUGAAUUUGAAGAAGAGUUGGCGCAGAAAUUCAGUGGAGGAACUACACACUCUAGAAACAAGGAAUUGGGAAGUGAUGAGGAAGAAGCUGACGAGGGAGAAAAUCGUAACAAAAUUGUUUCUGAUAUACGGAAGAAAUAUGAAAAGAAGCUUGCGGUUCCUCGUGAUGGAACUGAAUUGGAGAAAGAAAAGCAUAAAGAUUUGUCGGUCCCCGGGGCUGGUUUCAAUUUUCGUGGUAUUAUUUCAUCUUGCUUUGAAGCACAUCUGGCAGUGUAUGUGGAGCUAGAGGAGAAGACCUUGAUGGAGCAUUUGGAUAAACUUGUUCAGGAAGAAACUUGGGAAACUGAGGAGGGCAGUCAGACAAAUAUAUUAUCAAGUAGCAUGCAGGUAUUUCUGAUUAUCAGAAGAAGCUUAAAGAGGUGCAGUGCUUUGACAAAGAACCAGACAUUGUUCAACUUGUUUGAGGUAUUUCAAAGAAUUCUCAAAGCAUAUGCAACCAGAUUAUAUGCUAGAUUACCCAAAGGAGGUACUGGGAUAGUUGCUGCUGCUACUGGUACUGAUGGACAGAUCAGGACCUCCGACAGAGAUGAGAGGAUGAUAUGUUACAUUGUUAAUACAGCAGAGUACUGUCACAAAACGUCUGGUGAACUAGCUGACAAUGUCUCUAAGAUCAUUGAUCCUCAAUUUACUGACAAGGUUGAUAUGUCUGAAGUUCAGGACGAGUUCUCGGUAGUGAUCACCAAAGCACUGAUGACGUUGGUGCAUGGACUUGAAACAAAGUUUGAUGCUGAAAUGGUUUCAAUGACCCGUGUUCCGUGGGCCAGUCUUGAAAGUGUUGGUGACCAAUCAGAAUAUGUAAAUGGCAUCAAUUCUAUCCUGUCUAGUAGCAUUCCGGUGCUUGGUAGCCUACUUUCUCCUACGUACUUCCAGUUUUUCCUGGACAAGCUAGCGGCAUCUCUGGGUCCUCGAUUUUACCUCAACAUUUAUAAAUGCAAGCACAUAUCAGAAACCGGUGCGCAACAGAUGCUGCUAGACACUCAGGCCGUCAAGAAAAUCCUCUUGGACAUCCCAACUUUAGGGAAACAGACUGCACUUGCUGCUAGCUACUCAAAAUUUGUAAGCCGUGAGAUGAGUAAAGCUGAAGCCCUCUUGAAGGUUAUUUUAUCUCCUGUUGAUUCUGUUGCAAAUACAUACCGUGCAUUACUUCCUGAGGGCACACCUCUUGAGUUCCAAAGGAUACUCGAUCUCAAGGGACUGAAGAAAGCAGACCAACAAGCUAUACUAGAAGACUUCAACAAGCACGGCACGAGCAUCAGACAUCCUUCGGUGCCUCCGUCUGUUUCAUUGCCGCCUGCUCCAGUUGCGCCGACGGCUCCACCGCUAACAACAACGACAACAACUACCUCUACUACAAUGACUUUGUCUAGCAUGACGAGCACGGGUACUCCAUCAGCAGCUCUUGCUUCCCGAGAGGACGUGCUUACUCGUGCCGCCGCGUUAGGGCGGGGAGCCGCCACCACUGGUUUCAAGAGAUUUCUCGCAUUAACCGAGGCUGCCAAAGACCGGAAGGAUGGGCCGUUCCGCAAGCUCUUCAGUCCCUAGACAUUCGGCGUUCUUUGUGUAAAUCAUUGCAUUAUUUUCUUUAGUAAAUCUGAUGCGCCUUGUAGCCAUAGUUUUUCUUCUUCUUCUUCGUCUUCUUCUUCUACUUCUUUCCCCCAUUUUCGAGCUUUGCAUAUGUAAUCUUAUUUUCACAAAGUGGGCAAUUCUUUUUGUCUUUUCGCAAAGAUAGCUGCUGUUACUUGAUCAGAUAAGAGGCUACUGUACCUGUUUGUCGAACAAGGCCCUUUCAUCUAAUUUCGGGUCAUAAAAAGAAAAUAAUGAAAUGCAUUGGAUAAUA